AUGGGCGGGCAAGCUAAACCCGCAGAGGUGAGACUGGGGGAGGCACAGCAGCGGGAAAGCAGUUGACAGGGAGAGGCAGAGGAGAUUUGUCGUUGAGGCGGCAGCAAGGCAGCUCACAUUUCAGUCAACGGUCAGCUGCUGCCUGGGGUGGCUGUGGCUGUGGGUGGUGGGUGCUAUAGUUCCUGACUCUCUGCCUGUCUGCUUGUGUGUGCAGGUGUGUGUAGAAGGCCUGACAGACAGUGUGGCUGUCUGCACACUGCAGCAGCAGCAGCAACACAAGGAGGGGGUCGUGACGAGCAGAGGUAUUUCGAAGGAACGAGGAUGGGCACACUCAACACACGGAGGGAGUCCUGCUGAGCGGCCGUCUGUCUAUCUGUCCGUCCGUCUGCCUAUCUUUGUGUGUGUAGAGGAUGGGCAAUUGUGCGUCGCGGCCCAGCGAUGUGGCCGUCCCUCACCCGCCACAACACGUAGCCCCGGCACACACAGAUGGAGAGGGAUUCCCUGCAGCAGGUGUGUAUCUCUCUCUAUUGUAUGUACUUGGUUGCAGAGGGAGGUGGUGAGAUCGGCUGUCAAGGACAAGGCGGCCAAGCAGCACCAUCAGCCGCAUCAUCCGAGAGAGAAUGGCCAGACAAAUUCACAUGGAGAGAUGGCGAUGGCGCAGGUGCGCUUAUCGACACAUACGCAUGAUACCGUCCACAGCACCUCACUUCUGCUCGUCUCGUGUAUGUGCUGGUGUAGAAUGACGUGCGCCACAACAACCAUAACCAUGUGCAGCAGCUGUCGGCAUCGUCAGCAGCGUCAGCGUCAGCCUCGUCGUCCAAGAAUGAGGGCGGCGGGAGGCCAUCACAACCACCACCGUUGCCACAGCAGCAGCAGCAGCAGCAGCAGCAAACAGAGGAGCACCAGAUGGUACGAGAAAUGGACAGACACCCUGAGCGUAGUCUGAGUCAGCCAAUCGUUGUGUGUGGUGAUGUGUGUGUGCAGGUGUGCGUCCCUGCGGCAGCCGCGGCGGCGAGCGACAGCAAGUCUGCGGACAACGGCACCACACGCGAUGAGGUAUGCAGGCCUGUCAGUCUCUAACUGUUUAUGAGAGACGGAUGAGAAUGCCUUGCGUGUGUGCCUUGUUGUGAAUGUGCAGACGCCGCUGGAGCAGCAGAAUGGGACCCACCCGCAGAUUGUGGAGCUGCCUGCAAAGACCAGCAAUGGUACACACACACAUACACACACACACACACACAUAAAGAGGCAGACAGACCGUUUCUGUGCUUCUGUUUGGUGUGCCUGUGUGAAUGAGCAGACGACCACAGUGAGAAGAAAACGGAUGUCAGUAACGGCAAUAAUAACAACAACAACGGCACCAGCAGCAGCAGUGGACAGGUGCGCACGUGUGCGCAUGGGUGUGGUGUGGCAGGUCGAUGUGCUGAAUAUGUGCCACAUACGCUCUCUCUCUCUCUCUCUGUGUGUGUGUGUGUGUGUAUGCCUCCAAUCAUCAGCUGCCCCCCACCCCCCCGACCCCACCAGCCGUCGAUAACAACAGCGCCUGCUCAGAAGAGGUACGUUAUCUGCGCCUAUCCCGUUCCGUUCCCCAUUUACCCCUGUGUCCGCUUCUUGUUUGUUUGUGUGUGUGGUGUCAUCAAUCAAUCAGGAGCUGCUGUACCGUGCGAGUGACGAGAUUCGCUUCAUCAAGGAAUACGACACCACCUAUGUCGACGAGAACGUACGUCUAUUCUACGCACACAGCUGUGGACACAAUGGACAGAACCCUUACUGUGUGUGUCGGUGUUGUUGUCAAUCAAUCAGGGGUGUUAUUAUUUGGUCAGCGCCCAGUGGAUCGCCUCGUGGAAGAAAUUCGUCCAAAAGAGGUAGGUGCCAGCGGAAGGCGUGCUGACACACACAGACACACAGACAAACAGCCAACUGUGUGAACGCCUCUCUCUCUCUGUGUGUGUGUGUAUGUGUGUGUGUGCAGCGGCCCCCUGCCCGGCCCAAUCGCAAAUGGUGUGUUUUUUGACGCGCAGGGGAAUCUGCGCAACGGGCUGCAGUGCUCGGCCGACUACCGGUACGCACGCACACACACUCCCACACUCACAGAUAUGCAACGGGGUCUGUGUGCUCGUAUGUGUUGGUCCAGAGGUGUCAAUUCGUCUAUCUGGCGCUUCUGGCUCGCACGCUAUGGGUACGUACACUCCACCGACACGCUCCCCCUUGUGUAUACCCAUCAGUGUGUGUCUGUUCGUGUGCGUGCGCGCGUGCAGUGGCGGGCCCAUUGUCAAGCGUAUGCGGCUGGAGAUCUACGGUGACAAGCGAAUGAGCACACCACACCACACCAUCCCACACGCAUGUCGCCUCUUCCCUCUGGGGUGUGGUGUGUGUGCGGCACAGAUCCGCCCAUCGCUGCUGUGCCGGAGGACUCAAUGCCGCCGGCCCACUUGUCCGGUAUGUCUGAAUGCCUGUUUGUCUGUCUGUCUGCCCACACUUGCGGCAAGGGGGAUGCAUCUAUGUGUGUGUGUGUGAUUGUGUGCAGGGUACACGGACCUUGCUCAGGUGUACGCUCGCGCGCGGCGGCGAGAACGGUACCUACACAAACACCCACCCUCACACAAACACCCACCCGGACAUCUGUGUGUCCCCCCACUCACACAGGGAUGGCUACUCCCAUUCCAGCGGGCCAAGCAGGUGCGCACUGAACUGAACACGUGUGUGCCGUCACUCGCCUCUGUGUGUGUGGCGCCUGUGGGGAUGCAGGCGGUCGAGCAGCGAGAGAGAGCGAGAUCGGGAUCGAGAUCGCGACCGUGAGCGGCGGCACCAUCGGCACCACUCUCAUUCUCACUCCCACUCUCACGCUCACACGCCAAACGGCCACGUUGAGUACACCGAACGGUCAGCCUACACCCACACACAUACACUAUGGGCCUCGGUGGAUGGAUGCAUGGAUGGAUUGAUGCAGGCGCCGAUCGUCUUCACGGAGACACAGAGGCCGUGACGACAGGUGCAUACCGACGGAUCACACACACAGAUGCACAGGUUGAUGCGUCUGGUGUGGUGUGGUGUGGCUGCAGCGAGCUGCCUCCCCAUCCCCCCACCAGCAGCGACCGCCUGCCGUCACUGCCCUACCACGCGUACAUGCCCACACACACCACACACGCACACGCGCUCAUUCUGCCCUACACCCCAUGUGGUGACACGUGUGUGCGUGUGUGUGUGUGUGUGUGUGCAGCAACUCGCCCUAUGCCGUCAGCGCCCCUGCACUCGACAGGAAACGAAGGGGUACGCUUCGCUUGCACUGCACGUGUGUGCCUCUAUCUGACGGUGUGUGUCGUCUCUUCGUGUGUGUGUGUGUGUGUGUUCAGAGCACCGGAGUGGCUCGUUUUCCAAUGGGGACAGCUCUCGCGACCGGGAUCGGGACACGACCAGCGGUGCGCAUGACGCUUCGAUGCGCCCAUAUAUGUGUCUGCACACACGUGUGUGUGUGUGUGUGUGUGGUUGUGCAGGGCUGUCGCGUUUCCCCGCUGGCCUGGCCAACCUCGGCAACACGUGCUUCAUGAACGCAUCGCUGCAGGUACGCUACGCUCGCACCUCAUCAACUCCACUUCACGGACACAUCCACGUCAACAUAUGUGCGUCUCUCUCUGCGAGCAGUGUUUCGCCGGCAUCCCAUCGUUCGCCAAAGGCUUCAGAGAAAAGUACGCACACUCACCUCACCCACAUUCCUAUAGACCCACACACACAUCCAUCCAUCCAUCCCUGUCUCCCUUCCUGUGUGUGUGAUUUCCACACCAGCGUGACGACCGACUCAUCAGAGUUGACGCGGAGUCUCUUGGACGUGCUCACCGAGCUCAGCCUGACGCCGCCGAGACGCUCCUACUUCUCAUGCAACGGUACACACCCACAAUCUCACUCAGAUGCACUCACAUCCACGCCAACACAUGGAGGCCUUGCCUUCACGUGUGUGUGUGUGUGCAGGUCUGCUGUCUCAGCUGCGGCGCACUGUGUCGCCGCUUUUUUUCGACUUUCAGCAACAGGGUACUGCUGCUGUUGUGUGGGGCGAUGGUUGGGUGUGGUGGUGCACUGCAGCAUACCAUUUUAUUACGUGUAUGUCCAUUCCAUGUCAUGUGUGGAUCUGAUGUGUGUGUGCAGAUGCGCAUGAGUUUAUUCGUCUGUUCCUGGACACGCUGCACGAAGACAUGAAGGAGGGGGUACGGGCAUAGUACACACACGCACAUCCCUCCCUCCACAUAUGGAUGCCGUCUGUGUGUGUGUGCUGUGUGUGUUUGUGUGUGUGUGUGUGUUUGAUAGGAUCUGUCUCCGUGUUCGCUGGAGGACUUCGAGCGCCAGCUCAAGAAGGAGGGCGUCAACUCGCAAAUCGAGGUCAACACACAUACACAGAGGGAGAGAGGGAGAGGAACACGUGUGUAUGUGCAUGUCUUUGUGUAUGUGUGUAUGCGUGUGACGAUUGUGCAGGCAGCCGAGCGCUGGUGGAGCCACUUCCUCGAGAGCAACAACACCCUCAUCGCAGAGACCUUCUCGGGACAGGUAACCACUCACACCCACAACAAUACGCUCCUGUCCAUCCGUCUCUUCCUCGGUGUGUGUGUACCUGCAGCUGCGUUCGCGCGUCAAGUGCACCAUGUGCGGGACCACCAGCGACACAUUCGACCCCUUCUUCGACUUGUCGCUGCCACUCGAACGGGUAACUACGUGUGUGUUGACGGAGGUCCCUCAUGUCGUUCGUGUGCCCACAUCCAUCCAUUCAUGUGUGUGCGUGUUUAGGCGCCGCGUCUGUCGCUUCACACGUGUGUGGAGAGCUUCUUCGACGAAGAGAUACUCGGACAGGUCAGCAAGGAGACAGAGCGAUGGACGUGUCCGCGGAUGGAUUGAUGGAUGGAUGGAUGAGUGUGCGGUUGGUGCAGCCCGGCCACCAGCACUACUUCUGUGAGGUCUGCAAGCAGAAGAGACGGGUACGCACCCAUGCACACCCACACACAAAAAGAAAACCCCCAGAAUGGUCUAUGUCUGCCCUCACCACCCACCCACAGGCGACCAAGCAGCUGUCCAUCACACAUGUGCCCAAGCUGCUCCUCGUCCACCUCAAACGGUACGCGCCUUACACUAGACACACACAAUACGCACAGCCCACGAAGUAUGUGUGCCCUCUCUGUGUGUGUUCGUUGGUGUAGGUUCUCCUCAACGUUGACCAAGGUGCGGACGGCGGUGGACAUCCCAAUGAGACUCGAGAAGGGCGAAUGGAUGGACAAGUGAGCCGGGAGGGAGGGAGGGAGGGAUGACAGGGAUGGAGAGGGGGGAGGGAGCUUUAGACACACGCGUGACCGGUGAUGUCUGCUUGUGUGUGUAGGUUCUUCUGCGGCGCUGAGUAUGACCUCCUGGGCGUGGUGCAGCACACAGGUAUGCACACGGCACACCUACACAGACAUACAGAUGUGUUCAUUGACCCACUCGCCCGUGUCUGUGUCUGUCUCUGUCUUUGUCGCGUCCAUGCAGGCGUGUCGCAGGGUGGACACUAUGUGGCCUAUGCCAAGCGCAACAGCAAGGUCGGUGGGAAGGCACACACAUCCCAACACACAGCUGCUGAUGUGAAGAUUCAUGGACUCUCGCUCUCUCUCUCUCUCUCUCUGUGUGUGUGUGUGUGUGUGCAGUGGUAUCUGUUUGACGACGACCGGGUGCAUUUGGUGUCUGCCGAUGAGGUGCAGCGGGCCGAGGCCUACUGCCUCUUCUACAUGAAGGUCGAGCGAGACGACAAUGAGCAGCAAAGAUGAUGAAGGCACGUGUGUCCAUCCACCACAUAUACAUGGCCACACACGUGAGGUGAGUCAGGCCGCCGACGGUUGAUUGCACAUCUAGACCGUCGAUCGUAGCUGCCAGUGGUG